CAAAAGUUUUUUUGUUUUUAUAUACUUUUUAUUAUAAAUUCUUUCAUUUGUGUUCUAAAUUACUAACAUUUCUUUUUCCAUUUUUCUUCCUUGUUAUUGUUUCAGGUGUUUCCGCUGAAGUUUAUUAUGUACGUGAUGGCCACAUCAAUAAUUAUGCCUUAAAUUUUAUUGUGCCUGUGCCGGCCAAUGUGCGUGACAUUAGCUUCACUUGGCAAAGUCAAGCCGGACGUCCUCUACCCUACAGCAUUAAUGUGGUGACCUCGGAUCAGGCAGUUUUACCGCGUCCCACCAUGAAUAUUUCCCAAAUAGGUGAAAUACCCAUUAAAGUGCAGACUUUUUCUAUAGGCCUUAAGUGUUCGGGCAUUAGAGCCGCCGAAGUGGAUGUUACCAUUUCCAUAGAAGUGAUAUUAAAUCGGGCCUUAAAUAAUGUCACUCAUUUAGUGUUUAGAAGAAAAAAGAUUUGCCUGUUGGCCGAAGAGGAUGAAACGGACAUGGAUGAUCCUUUGUUAUUGGAAACGGUGGUGCCUCCACCCACGGGCUUUAUAACUUUGGUAGUAGGCUGUGUUUUGGCUUUAGCUUUGGUGUUGAUACUGCUUUUAGCGGCCUAUUGCGUGCGCGGCUCUACUAAACGUCAAAAUCAUGGUGGUCAACCCAUGAGAACUUCCAGUUUCCAAAGACUUAAUACCAAUCCUCCUUGUCAAUCAGCUUCCUAUAUAACACCCUCCAUUAUAGCACCCAUACACACUACUCUACCGCGUAAAAUUGAACCCCAACAACCCGAGGAGUUGCAUCGCCGUAUUUCCGAAUUAACCGUGGAACGUUGUCGUGUCCGCUUGUCCAGCUUAUUACAAGAAGGCACUUUCGGUCGUGUUUAUCGUGGUACUUACAAUGACAAUCAGGAUGUUUUAGUUAAGACUGUUGCCCAACAUGCCAGUCAAAUGCAAGUGUCUCUUCUACUUCAAGAAGGCAUGUCCCUAUAUGGUGCUUCACAUCCCGGUAUUUUAUCUGUUUUGGGUGUUUCAAUUGAAGAUCAUACUACACCAUUUGUUCUCUAUCCUGCCAUGAAUAAUACCAGAAAUUUAAAGCAGUUCUUAUUGGAUCCCUCGUGUGCUCGCACCAUCACCACCAUACAAAUCGUAAUGAUGUCUUCACAUUUGUCCACCGCCUUAAGUCAUCUACACAGUCAUGGAGUGGUGCACAAAGAUAUAGCGACAAGAAAUUGUGUUAUUGACGAUCAAUUACGCGUUAAAUUAUCUGACAGUUCUCUAUCGCGAGAUUUAUUCCCGGGCGAUUAUAAUUGUUUAGGUGAUAGUGAAAAUCGUCCAGUUAAAUGGAUGUCAUUGGAAGCAUUACAACAUAAACAAUUUUCAGAAGCCAGUGAUUCAUGGGCCUUUGGUGUUUUAAUGUGGGAAUUAUGCACCUCAGCCAAGCAACCAUAUGCUGAAGUAGAUCCCUUCGAAAUGGAACAUUAUCUAAGAGAUGGCUAUAGACUGGCGCAGCCAUUCAAUUGUCCCGAUGAGCUCUUCACCAUUAUGGCUUACUGUUGGGCUCUUCUGCCAGCUGAACGUCCUUCAUUUUUACAAUUACACGCCUGCCUCUCUGAAUUUUAUGCUCAAAUUACACGUUAUGUGUAGUUCCAUUAACCUCAUACUUAAUGCCCCCUCCCCCUCUCUUCACCUCCUAUACGCCCCAUCCAAUGGACAAGUAAACUUUCCAUUCUCGCAUCUAGUAAUUAAGUUAAGUGAAAAAACAUUCUCCUAUAAAUAUAGAAAUCAUUGUUGUUGUUUUAAUAUUACAAAUAUAUAUGUAUAAAAUUAUUAAUAUAAUUAUUAUUAUAUAAUAAUAAAAAUAAUUAAGUAAAUACUUAGUAAUAAUCAGUUUUUUAUAUUGCCAAAAUUAUAUUUUAAGUUUUAAAAA